CAAUUUUUCCUCUUCAUCACUGCAUCUUCACUUCUCUGCUUCCAUAAUUUCUGCAAUGGGAAGAAGGUGAUGAUGGAGUACAUCGGAGCGACGGGGAUUCCAAUCACCUUCGACUCAGUACCGAUCUCAAACGACAUCGAUUUCCAUUUCAUCCUCAGUUUCGCCAUCGACGCAGAUCCCUCAGCUAAUCCUCAAAAUGGGAAAUUCUCCCCAUAUUGGGAGCCCUCCUUGACUGCAGACUCGGUCGUCGCCAUCAAAGCCGAACACCCAAAUGUGAAAGCCCUAGCCAGCCUCUCCGGGUGGAGCCUUGACAACAUUGUCCUCCGUUGGCGCAACCCUCCAAACCCUAAUCUCUGGAUCUCCAACGCCUUCUCCUCUCUCCAGGCCCUCGCCACCGAGUACCACCUCGACGGCAUCGACAUCGACUAUGAAAACUUCCCAGAAGGCAGCUCGAGUUUCGCCUUCUGCAUCGGCGAGCUCAUAACCUUACUGAAGAACCAGAGUGUCAUCUCGGUUGCAACCAUUGCACCGUUCUACUCCACGGUUUCGCCUUACUUGGAGCUCUUCAAAAGGUAUGGAGAGGUGAUUGAUUUCGUUAACUACCAGUUUUAUACUGAUAGAGUGACAAGUGCAGCUGCAUAUUUGAAGAGGUUUGACAUUAGAACUGAGCAAUUUGGUGGGGGGAAAGUGCUGCCAAGCUAUGAAGUGAAUGGGAGAGGGAUUCAAGGGGAUGCUUUUUUUGAAGCUUUGAGUUUGUUGAACAAAAAUGGGUUUGAUGUUAAUGGAGUUAUGAUCUUCUCUGCUGAUGCUUCAUUGUCCAAUGGCUUCCAUUUUGAGAGGAAAGCUCAAGAGUUCUUGCUCAACUCCACUACUGCAUGA